CUCUGGUAUACUCGCCCCGCCUCCACGGUUAAAUCUCUCCAGCUUGCAUCCUGUCUAAUGGUCAGCUUUGGUUUGUUUCAAUUUUCUUUUCAUUCACAAAAAAGUUGAAGCGUGAAGUUUUCCGGCGCAGCACAAAAGCUCCACUAAACAAAAGCCCAGUUUAUCCAAGGCAAGUUCCCGGUUCUAUCAGUGUGGGUGAUAACCUGUGACCAGAGCGACGGAGGGAGGCUUUAACCAUACAGAUAAGAACUGAGCCGAGGCCAUUGUCCAUUCCGUUCUCUCUUUAACCCGUUUCUGAAAGAUGGCUGUUCCCGUAACCGUGUACCUCUUGGUAGCUUCCAAGCUGCUUUUGGCUGAAGUGAAGUGUGACAGCAUCAACUUCUAUAAUAUAAGGCCUCCUGUAGAUGCGACUCCAUAUCCUAACAGCUUCAAGUGCUUCACAUGCGAGCAGGCGUCAGACAACUACAGCUGUAAUCGCUGGGCUGAAGACAAGUGGUGUCCUCAGAAUACACAGUACUGCAUGACCAUGCAUCAUUUUGGUCGACACGGGAGAACUAAGUUUGUAACAAAAAGGUGCGCUUCGUUUAACGACUGCAGGUUGAGCGGAUGCCGACGUCACGGGAACACACACCACACGGAAUGCGUCUCAUGCUGUGAAGGCAUGGUGUGUAACGUGGAGCUUCCUACUAAUCGCACCAACGCCGUGUUCAUGAGGAUUCGGGAUUUCAGCUCCGCCGCGACACGCAGCAGCAUCUGGACUCGCUUAUUUCUACUAACUUCAGCUCUCGCAGUGCUUUUACCUUUGUGAGAAUAUCACAGUGCUUUUAAGCCUGCAAUAUUCCCUGCUGGAAUACCAUUGGCACAUCAAGGGAUUCCGGGAGUCUUGAGGAAAGCAAAAGGUUCGUCCUGCCUCCUCAGUGAAAAAAAAAAAGCUGACCCUGACCCGAAUGAACGUCCAGCCAACCGGUGUGCAAAUCCAAACCAAGAAACUCUUAGACUUUGUCAACUGUUUGCUAAUGACAUGCUCAAUAGGAAAGAAGAAAUAAAUCAUUUAGCCGUAAGGGCGAUGAUUCCCAGAGUAACGCGGCAUUGUUGUCAGCAUUAACUCUCAGUGGAGGUCAUGAGGGACUCUGGGAUGGUGGGAUGGACCUCGUCCAGUGGCUUGGAGCCCGGGGUCUGUCCGAGAAAAACCUGAACACAGAACUCUCUGGAAGAGAUCUGGCACGAAGGCUUAGAGACAGAGGACAGAUGUUUUUUUUAUUAUUUUUUUUUGCUUGAAUUUUUACUUGUGACUCACAAUACUAGUUAACGCAAUGAAUCGAUGGUCACUUUGAGAUAUUAAUUUAACAAAUAUUCAUAUCAGUAUUUAUGAAUAAAGAAUGAACAUGAAA